AUGCAGCAGCUACAGCAACUUCAACAACAGCAACAACACCAGCAACCGCAGCUACAACAACAAACACCUAGUGUAGCCAAUAAUACCAUUGUUGACGACCCGAUGACUGGUGUUGAUGGCCCCGUUGGCAAUAUAGAUGGCGCCAAUGUCAAUCCCAUCUCUGUGCCAACUCUCAACGCCACUCCUACUGUACCGUCACCCUCCUCUGCUGUAGCCCGUCCUGUUGCCCCCGCCGUUUCCUUGGCCAUGGUUCCUUCCUCUACUUCGACCAAUUCUACCAGCCAGACUAAUGUUAGGCAGCAACGUAAUCAGCACCAGCGCCAGCAACGUCAUCAAUGGCAACACCAGCACCAGCAUCAUCAGCGUCAGUACAGACGUCAGCCAGGGCGACAUCAGCCCCCACAGAGGACAGGUAGCCUCAACUAUUGGCAGCCGUUGCAGACUUAUGACAGGAACUCUAAUGGCCAGGCCAACUCUAGAAGUAGUCAGAACCCCAGCCAGCAGCAACAGGAACAGCCUCAAAAUAGGAUUGUCAGGAAUCCCUUUAGAAGAAGUCAACCCAACAACUCCAAUGCCUAUGGCUCAGCUAGCCGAGCUAAAAACCCUGCUGAGGCUCACUUGACUCGAUUCCAGGCUAAACUUAGGGCUGAGCGAACUGGAAACUUGGCUUACGUUCGUCAGCAGCGCUCUUCUACUCAGGUCACUCCUAAUGCUAAUCGUGGCCAGAGUCAGAGCCUUAGCCAGCAGAAGGGCAACUAUGUGGAAGUCCAAAAUAGCCAGGUGAACCAAAUUCAGCAGAAUUAUGCCCAACUCCUGAAGCUGCACAUUAGGACUCAGGCCAGACUAGAUAAGGGCUCUGGAUACGCUUCACCCUAG